AUACCUCCCAGCCCUUCGCUGACCGCUACGACAAUCGACUCUCGGACGCAUUGAGAAACUCGAUUCACGUUGUUUCAGGCAUCACCUUUCAUAGUGAGCAAACAUGUCUACCCAGAAGAUCGUGCUCGUUACUGGUUGUUCCAAAGGUGGAAUCGGAUUCUCACUGUGUGAGGCGUAUGCUGCCCAAGGAUGCGUUGUAUAUGCCACCGCUCGCAGACCAGAGGCUAUGGAGGGGUUCAGAGACCCUAGUAAGAUCCGUGCCCUGAAGCUGGACGUUCUCAGCGAUGAGAACGUUCAUGAUGUCGUCAAGACUAUCAUCGAUCGCGAGGGCAGGAUUGAUAUUUUGGUCAACAAUGCUGGUUCGGCUGCUCCUGGUGCUAUGCUCGACCUCACAAUCGACGAAGCUAGAAGAGCGUUCGAGAUCAAUACAUUUUCGGUCCUGACGGUUUCUAAAGCCGUUGCACCUUACAUGGCACAACGAAAGAGCGGAACCAUCGUGAACAUUGGUUCUAUUGCCGCCGAGUUCCCGACCCCUUGGGCUGGUAUAUACUCCGCCACAAAGGCUGCUAUGCAUAUGAUCACCGAUACCUUGUGGAUGGAAUGUCAACCCCUGGGCAUCAACGUCACCCUCGUCGCACCCGGUGCUGUGAUAUCCAACAUUUCCGUCAACGCACACCCCCUUCUGAAGAUCCCAGAGAAUACCCUCUACCGCGACUACAUCCCACAGAUCAUGCGGCGUCUAAACGUCAGCCAAAAUGCUGCUUCGAGUAUGAAUACGGACGAAUUCGCGAGGAGGGUUGCGAAGGAGACUGUCAGGAAGAACCCACCUAGGUACUUGACGCUUGGAGGGGCUUCGACGUUGUUCAAGAUCUUCGUUUGGUUGCCUAGAGUUUGGGUGCUCAAGUUGCUUUGGUGGAGAUUCUCGAAGCCGUAGAAAGCUUGAUAUAUCGGAGUGCUUAUAUACCAAGUGCGGAUAUGUCUUUGAAGAUGAGAGUAUCCAGGGAGGCGACAUAUCGUCUGAGGCUUAGGCCUAUGCUCGUAUGUACAACGUACAUGAUCUCUUGCAUUCAAAUUUUGCCUGCAGCUUGACCCUGAAUACAUGGUAAGUAUUCUGCCU